GUCCUGCCCACCCCAGGGCUUUGGAGAAAGUCAACCGCUUCCCAGCCUGCACUGGUCACAGUCACUUCCAGAACAAAGGAAGACCUAUGACGUCCCUGGGGACGUGGGACCUAUGACCUCCCAAGGGGCGUCCUCGCUCACUUCGCUCGGGCCCUGCAGGCAGUGAAGGGCUGUGGGUCCAGCUCCUGUGUGCACCGGGCGCCGGCAGUCCCCCCCGCUUAUGCACUCCAGCACCCCCAUCAGCUCCCUCUUCUCCUUCACCAGCCCGGCAGUGAAGAGACUGCUCGGCUGGAAGCAAGGAGAUGAAGAGGAAAAGUGGGCGGAGAAGGCGGUGGACUCUUUAGUGAAGAAGUUAAAGAAGAAGAAAGGCGCCAUGGACGAGCUGGAGAGGGCGCUCAGCUGCCCGGGGCAGCCCAGCAAGUGCGUGACCAUCCCCCGCUCCCUGGACGGGCGGCUGCAGGUGUCCCACCGCAAGGGGCUGCCCCACGUCAUCUACUGCCGCGUGUGGCGCUGGCCGGACCUGCAGUCUCACCACGAGCUGAAGCCGCUGGAGUGCUGCGAGUUCCCGUUCGGCUCCAAGCAGAAAGAGGUGUGCAUCAACCCCUACCACUACCGCCGCGUGGAGACGCCAGUGCUGCCGCCCGUGCUGGUACCCCGACAUAGCGAGUACAACCCUCAGCUCAGCCUCCUGGCCAAGUUCCGCAGCGCCUCCCUGCACAGCGAGCCUCUCAUGCCGCACAACGCUACCUACCCCGACUCCUUCCAGCAGCCUCCGUGCCCGGCCUUCCCGCCGUCCCCGUGCGCGGCCGGCUACCCCCACUCCCCGGGCAGCCCCUCCGAGCCGGAGAGCCCCUUCCAGCACUCAGAUUUUCGGCCAGUUUGCUACGAGGAGCCGCAGCACUGGUGCUCCGUCGCCUACUACGAACUGAACAACCGCGUCGGGGAGACAUUCCAGGCUUCCUCCCGAAGUGUGCUGAUCGAUGGAUUCACAGACCCUUCAAAUAACAGGAACAGAUUCUGUCUCGGACUUCUUUCUAACGUAAACAGAAACUCAACGAUAGAAAAUACCAGAAGACACAUAGGAAAGGGCGUGCACCUGUACUACGUUGGGGGAGAGGUCUAUGCCGAGUGCGUGAGUGACAGCAGCAUCUUCGUGCAGAGCCGGAACUGCAACUAUCAGCACGGCUUCCACCCAGCCACUGUCUGCAAGAUCCCCAGCGGCUGCAGCCUCAAGAUCUUCAACAACCAGCUGUUCGCUCAGCUGCUCGCCCAGUCUGUGCACCACGGAUUUGAAGUCGUCUAUGAGCUGACCAAGAUGUGCACCAUCAGGAUGAGCUUUGUCAAGGGCUGGGGAGCUGAGUACCAUCGCCAGGAUGUCACAAGCACGCCCUGCUGGAUUGAGAUCCACCUUCAUGGACCGCUGCAGUGGCUGGACAAAGUUCUGACUCAGAUGGGCUCCCCACACAACCCAAUUUCUUCAGUGUCUUAACAGUCCUGUCUCAAUGCACAUUUCUAUAGGGUAGAUGCUGUUGCAGGCAGUGGCUUAUAUCAUUUCAGAUUUGUGACUAACUGAAGUUUCUAAGUACACGUGUAAAUACAUUUAAUAUAUACUCAUCGUAUUUUGUAUCACCAUCUUGUUUUGUGCUUUCUAGUUAACCUGGUGCCACUACAACGCAAUGAGAAAAGCAGGUUUUUCGCACCUACGCUCUAAUAAGCAGCAGCUUCUUUUGUGGGAGAGAAGAAAUGAGAGGCAAGUCUGUGGACAGUGUUUGAAGGGUGCUGGCAGGACAAAGGCAGCUUUCGUCUGCCGUGUCACAUAAGGCAUGUUGUGUGGCCAGUCCAGAAAAAUACUAAAACUGUUUACGUAGUAAAAAUCAGGUACUGGCAGCACUAGGGCAAAUAACACUUUGGACAAAACAAAGCUAUCAAACCCGUAACAUUUAAAUAACUUCACUUCGAGUGCUGACAAAAAAAGAAAAUCAAGCUUGUAAAAUCAGUUAUGUAAGACAAGUCAUAUAAGCUUUAUUUCUGAAGUUGAAAUACCUGUAGGUAGACUGUUGUGCUGAUAUGAAUGGUACCUUUUAAAACAAAUUAAAACUGUGAUCGGAAGAGAAAGAAACUGUGAAGCUGAGAGCCAGGUUGCCUCAUUAUCUUAUCCACUGUACAAAAAAAAUAAAUGACUCUAAUAUGGGAAGAUAUUAUAAAUAUGAAAACAGCAUAAAAAGAGCUAUAUCUCCCAACUGCAAAAUAAGACCAGCACUUUCUUAGUCCAUGCAUCACCCACAGAGAUGCCUGCCUUCCACGUAGGAAAUCAGGUUCCUGUUCUGGUGAUUCACGGCAGGCAGCUCUGCAGAUCCGAGUCUGCACGGCAUGCUCGCUGUCCUUGUGGUUAAGUCCUGUGUGUGUGUGGAAGCAGCAGUAAAAUAAGAGCAGCGGAUAAAAACACCCUGUGUUUACUUAUUCCUUCUCACAUUCCCACGUUAACAGUCUCUAGGCGAGGGCACGUUUUGCCACAUGUUCCUCACACGUUGGUAAAUACUAACUCUUCACAGAUGACGCAGACAAUGUUCACUGAAGCCUUUGAAAAAUCCAGACACAUUGCUGCGAUCAAAUUUGAGUUAUUUAACUUAGUGUCUCUACCGAUUAAGUGACCUGCUGGUCAUAGGUGGUAGCCUCUUAUAAAACUAAAGCCUCAUACCUGGAAAUAACUUCCCAAAUAAGAUAGUAAUUCCAUAAUCCCUAUCAUUUCUGAGGAACAGUGGUCCUGAAUAACAGGACAUUUUUUAAAAAUGUAUACACAAUACCAAAACCUGUUAUUUACCCUUGGAUGAUAAAGAGAGGGCCGUUUACCAAAUUUCUAGGUACUUUCAUAUAUAUAUAUAUAUAUAUAUAAUUCCCACCCACUGAACACUGCAUUGCUUGGAAAAUUAUUUCACACCCUCUUUAAAAUGUGUAAUUUAAAAAGGUAAUUAUGCUUGUUAACAGACGGUACUUCAGUGAUCCAGGAGGUUUCUUCAUUUAUAAAUUCUGUCUCAACUCUUUCUAGCAUUAGUGUAUAGUAGCUGUUCCUCAUUAAAUUGUAAUCAAGGUAGGAAUGAUCAUAUGAAAACAAUGUAUGCGUGAGCUACUGCCGUCACCUGUUGUAAUGACUAGUGUUACCUAGGAGAAGCUUUCAUAUAUACAAUAGAAAAUAUCACAUUUUACAUUAAAGCUAGGUGGUCCAUUUAGUGUUUAGAGAACUCUGUAGUUUAUUGGUUCACCAACUAUGUAUGUACCCGGCACAGUGUUAGGUACUGUGGAGUCAAUGUACACAAGAAAUUGUCCCAGCCCUCUGGAGCUGAGAGUCUACACGGAAAUCUGUAGAAUCAUCUUCAUGUUUCAAGAACUAUUAAAACAAAACAUGUGCUCUUUUUUAUGCUUGAAGAAAAUAUAAUUGAUUUCCUAAUUAUCUCUAUUUUGAAACUGAUUUCCCAUCUCUUCUGAGCAAUCAAGUCAUGAAUGAAGACAUCCUUAGAUAAAUGAGGCUUUUCUUCUUUGUCUCAAAGUUGGAUUUUUCUCCUCUUGCUUCCCUAUUUUCCAGUAAUUCCCUAUGUCUCCUUUCCUUGGAAAAGGCAUUAGUAUGGCGAAGUCUUCCUCAAAUGAGUACUACUGCACAAAACAGCAUGAGGUACACGUGGCUUGGGCUCCAGGGAUCAAACAUCGCUUUAUCCAUCAGUGGUCAGACUCCUCCUCUGGUAACCUUACACCUUUACAGAUUCAAUCGGUACUAGUUGCUUAUAAAUGACAUGAAAAAAUACACUGGCUUUCCACGCAGCUUUGGGAAACCAGGACAGAAUAUUCCAGUGAAUUGGAAUUCUAUCUUCAAAAAAUAAAUGAUUAAAGUGGUACGUAUGCAUCACUACCAGGCCAGGUCUGUCUCACCAAAAGCCUUUAUUAAGAUACUGUGAAAUUCAGAGAAUUUAGAAGUGAUGGGAAGUUAGCCCUUAAGUCAUUGUAACAUAGUCACAUUUUAGAUCAGUGUUUUAAAUUUUUUUCUGGUAAGAACUGUUAAAAGUUGUAAGGCAGAAUUUGAUUUCUGACUUCUAAAUGUGCUUAUUUAGCAUUCAAUCCUUGAGGCAGACAGUCCAAACAAUGUCUUCACAUUCUUUUAUAGGACUGUGAGCAAAGUGGACAUGCUAAGCCAUAAAUUGCAUCAGCAAUUGCCAAACAUGUUUAAGGUUGCUAUAGACAAGGGUCGUGCAACAGAGAACAGUAUCUGGCCUGCUCACAAGACUCAGAGCAUUUAUAGUGCUGUUCAAGUCUGGGUUUUGUUUUUUCUCCUGUUAAAAAUUUGAGAUGUAAAAAUUUUUAGUUAGGUGAUAUUUUAAUACCUACCAGUGCUUUGGAACUAUUAAGAUGUCAAUUCUCAAUACAUUUACUUUAUGUUAUUUUUUUUACACUCAGUUUAAAUCAGAAAAAGUUGGACAACUACCUAGCAUUUAGAAUCUCCUUUUCAUUGUUUUCUUAGGAAGUCAAUACCCUGUCACAGCAACAAAAAUAUUUUUUAGGUAUUGCUUGUUAGACUUCAAGCACUGGCUUAACUUUGAUUAUGUCCUGAAUAUUUGAUAUACAUAGUCAACAAAUGAAGCAAAAUAUAACAUGCAUUCCAAAUUUUGUCUUCUCCUGUUAAGGAUUUAAUGGCCGAACUAUAUGACAAAUUACAUGAUCUUGGUGUAUGUUAAGUUCAAAUUAAUGUAAAACAAACUAACAAAAAAGAAACUAUUUCUAUUUAAGUCAUUUUUUAUUAUAGCUAUGCCUCAGUUAUCCUUCAAAUGCACACUUACACUGUUAUCUGAUUGUUUAUAAUAAAGAAUACUGUACCUAAA